AUGAAAAGCAUAGAAAUCUAUGGAUUCAUUGGAUGGAUCUCUUCCUACAUAGUGUUUGUAGUCUAUUUGGCAUGGGUAUUCUUGCCAGAAUCAGCAUUUCAUUCAUUGGGAAUUCAUUAUUUCCCUUAGAAGUAUUGGGCUUUGGCAAUUCCGAGUUUCUUUGUAGCCACUAUUUUUACAGUGAUAACUGGUUAUGCAGCUCUGAAUUACUGUUUCUGCAACAAAUUGGAUUCAUAUGAAAAUGUUGAAGACAAAUAUACAAGACUCCACAAUCUCAAGAAGACAGAACUGCAUGAAGGAUUACCUGAAGUGUAUGAUAUUCCAAUAAAUGUGGUGAACAAUGUGUUAUAUUGGCAGAAGGAGAUGGUCUAAAAAUAUAUGCCUAAACAUAAUGAUUGA